AGAGAGAGAGAGAGAGAGAGGGAGAGAAAAAAAAAAAGGGAAAAAAAACGAAGCUUUAGAGGGAGUGGGGGGGACCUCGUCGAGCUCAAAUCGAUCCCUUUUAGGGUUCCAAUCGCCCUCGCAUUCCCCUGCUCCGGAGGCUUCGAGGCUCCCAUGGAGCGCCCGCGCGACACCGGGCUCGAAGAGCCAAUGUGGAGGUUGAGAUUGGGAGGCAAUACUGGUUACCCGCUGAGGCCCGGUGAGCCGGAUUGCACCUACUACCUCCGCACCGGAUUAUGUUCAUUUGGGGAGAGAUGCCGAUACAAUCACCCGCGUGAUCGAAGUGGAGCUUUGUUGCCUGGAACUGGAAGGAGUGGAAUGGUAGAGUAUCCAGAGCGUCCUGGGCAACCUGAAUGCCCAUACUACAUGAAGAAUGGGACUUGCAAAUUUGGUUCUACAUGCAAAUUUCACCACCCAAAACAAGGUGGACAUGUUCAGCAAGUAUUGCUUAAUUAUUUUGGAUAUCCACUACGGCCGGGAGAGAAGGAAUGCUCCUACUAUAUGAAGACGGGACAGUGCAAGUUUGGUUUGACUUGUAAAUUUCAUCAUCCAGAGCCUUCGUCAGUUCCUUCUUCUCAACAAUACCCACCCUUAGCUACUAUGCAGCUUGGAACAUCAGUAAUGCCUAGACCAUACGUGUCAGGAUCCUAUGGUCCGAUGAUGGUCUCUCCAGGAGUGCUCCCUAUGCCUUAUCCGGCACCUGUGAGUCCUGUGUUGUCCCGUGGUGGACAGCAAACUGUUCAAGCUGGGCCAGCUUACAAUAUAGCACACCAGGCAGCUCCCUUAGAGCCAGGGUCUUCUUUAGCUGGGUUUUCAGGCAGUGGUCAAGGGGACCACAAAUUUCCUGAGCGGCCAGGUCAACCAGAAUGCCAGUAUUACAUGAGGACAGGGGAUUGUAAAUUUGGAGCUACGUGUAAAUACCAUCAUCCUCCGAACAGGAGCAUAGCUAAAACUGAUUGUCAUUUAAGUCCGUUAGGUCUACCUCUUCGCCCGGAUGCUCAGCCUUGCACUUACUACAUGCGGCAUGGAGAAUGCAAAUUCGGGCCAGCAUGCAGGUUUGACCAUCCGAUGGGGUCAAUGAGCUAUAGCCCUUCAGCUUCUUCACUCUCUGACAUGCCCGUUGCUCCUUACCCGAUCGGUUAUGCUGUCGCAACUUUGGCUCCAUCCUCUUCAUCGUCAGAUCUACGGCUCGAAUACUUUACUACCAAGGAUUCAGCCUCAUCACGAAUGGCUUCUGUUGAAAGCGCUUCUGGCUCCAUCGGUUCGAUCUUUUCAAGAGGAGGGUAUGCCCCUCACGCCUUCAUUCACCCACAAACCUCUCUGGUCGCUGUAAGUGCUUCUUCCACAAGCCAUGGGAGUGAGAUCUCCGGUUAGAACUGAGAAAACCCAAAAGGGAAGAAAAACAUGUUCUUUUAGAUCUUUUUCCCCAUCUUCUCCAGAACAAUUCUCAUUGCCUGUGCCUCCAUCAUUCAUCCUCCCUUAUCCCAUGUUAGUUUCUGUUAGUUAUUCUCAUACAACCUUUAUCCUUGUAAACUUAGUCUCAUGUCAAUAAUCGGCCCACCAACAUAUAAGAGGCAAAUCUACAUUAUACUAAGUUAUUCAACCCUCCCAUCUUAAUAAUUGCCUUGCUAAAAAUUGAAAGCAAGAUCAAUCUACUUAACUAUUCUCUGUUGCUCGCCACCACCCUAAGAUGUAGAGAUUCACCUUUCUCGGCACAUUAUCUUCUCAGAUAGGGGUCGGUUUCGCACUUUAAAGCAAAUGCUCACAUGCAAAACAACUGCUUGGAUUAGCCUCUCUCACUUAUCUAAGUUUUUAUAAAUAUAUAUAUGUUAUAUUCUGAGCCGAAUUUGCGGGACUCGUGUAUAGUUAUUACAUCAACAAUGAAUGCUGUACCAUUGUGUAAAUGUAUUCAGAAGGCUUUAGAAUUAUCAGUUUCAGUUAAAGAUCUUGCUGGCAUAUACAUGGAUAUGAAUGUUUUAUAUAUUUGAGCAUGUAAACUUGAACUUGA